ACCCCCUCCAGCCUGGGGCCAAUGGGAGGCCGAGGCCCCGCCCUCCUCCAGGAGAGUAUUUAGAAGCCGAUCGGGGAAGCACCCGGAGAGCUGGGGAAGCCGGAGGAGGGAGUGCUGAGUGGAGCUCGGCCCCAAGUCCCGACCUGGACCCGGGAAGCAGGGGCGGUUGGCGUGUGGGGUGGAGCCCACAUCCAGCAGAAGUGGGUGAGUCCUGGAGCCGCGCCCCACACAGAACUGCCCCAUUCCACCCCCGGCAGUCACCACCAUGGCCUGGCUGGUGCUGCUGGGCGCACUGCUGUGCAUGCCGCGCGUCGGGGUGGGCAGUCUGGGCUCAGAGGGCUUUUUGCCCUCUGCACCCCAUAACUGCCCCUACAGAUGUGUGUGCGCCGCUGACCUGCUGAGCUGCGCGGGCCUGGGGUUGCAGGACGUGCCGGCUGCGUUGCCUGCCGCUGCUGCAGACCUCGACCUGAGCCACAACGCGCUCCAGCGCCUCCGCCCCGGCUGGCUGGCGCCACUCUCCCGGCUGCGCGCCCUGCGCCUAGGCCACAACGAACUGGACGUGCUAGGUCACGGAGUCUUCACCAACGCCAGCGGCCUGCGGCUACUCGAUUUAUCAUCUAACGCGCUGCGGGCGCUUGGCCGCCACGACCUCGAAGGGUUGGGGGCGCUCGAGAGGCUGCUUCUGUUCAAUAACCGCUUAGCGCACUUGGAUGAGCACGCCUUCCAUGGCCUGGGCGCACUCAGCCGCCUCUACCUGGGCUGCAACGAACUCUCCUCCUUCUCUUUUGACCACCUGCACGGUCUGGGCACGACCCACCUACGUACUCUGGAUCUCUCCUCCAACCGCCUGGGACGCAUCCCAGUACCUGACCUGGCUGCACUGCCAGCCUUUCUUAAGAACGGCCUUUACCUGCACAACAAUCCAUUACCCUGUGACUGCCGUCUCUACCACCUGCUGCAGCGCUGGCAUCAGCGGGGCCUAAGCGCUGUGAGUGACUUUGCCCGAGAGUACAUGUGCCUGGCCUUCAAGGUACCCACAUCCCGUGUGCGCUUCUUUGAGCACAGCCGUGUCUUUGAGAAUUGCUCAGCUUCCCUGGCUCAGGGCCUAGAGCAGCCCGAAGUGCAGCUGCACGUGCAGAUGGGUCGGUCCCUGAGGCUGCACUGCAACACCAGUGCCCCAGCCGUGCGCAUCGCCUGGGUGUCACCACAGCACGAGCUGCUGGUGGCACCAGGAUCCCGAGAUGGCAGCAUCGCAGUGCUGGCUGAUGGCAGCUUGGCCAUCAGCAAUGUGCAGCCACAGCACGAGGGGGUCUUUGUGUGCCUGGCAGCCGGGCCCCGCCUGCAUCACAACCAGACGCACGAGUACAACGUGAGCGUGCAUUUCCCACACCCUGAGCCCGAGGCUUUCAACACAGGCUUCACCACCCUGCUGGGCUGUGCUGUGGGCCUGGUGCUCGUGCUGCUCUACCUUUUUGCGCCACCCUGCCCAGGCUGCCGCCGCUGCUACCGUCGCACCUGCCACUGCCGCCGCUGGCCCCGGGCACCCAGCCCCCUCCAGGAGCUGAGCGCACAGUCCUCAGUGCUCAGCACACCACCGGAUGUGCCCAGCCGCAAGGCCAGUGUCCACAAGCAUGUGGUCUUUCUGGAGCCGGGCAGGAGGGGCCUCAAUGGGCGUGUGCAGCUGGCAGUAGCCGAGGACUUUGAUCUCUACAAUCCUGUGGGCCUGCGGCUCAAGGCUGGCUCUGAGUCUGCUAGCUCCACGGGCUCUGAGGGUCUGGUGAUGACCUAGGCUGCCCUGGGCCCAGAGCCAGGCCACUUGCCACCCGCUGCUCGCCCUGCUCCCUGCUGCCGCCCUGACAACUGCCAGAUGCUGGUGGGAGCGCUGGGUUUGGUCCUCCAGCCUCCUGCACGGCCUUGACCUCAACCACAGCAGCCCCACUCACUAAUGGAGGGGCUGGGCUCCCCACCCUCUCUCCUGCUCUGCUCUAACACAGGGCCCAAAGGCCCUAGACCCUAGCAGGACCUACUGGUGCCCACACGUCCCACGAGGACUGGAACUGGGGCCAUCUGGAAGAGCCCUUGCCUGAGAGCCCUAGGUACACCACCUCAGAGGCCAAGGCAGCUACCAAGCCGUGGUGAAGUACUGAAGCAUAACCAUCUUCCCCUUCCCAAGGGGACAGGAAGAGAGUGGGCCCACAGGGGAAGAGGAGAAGGGCUCCAAAGGAAGACCUAGGCCUCCACCCAGGGUGGAAGGAGGAAACAUGCACCAACAUCCAACCUACUUCAAGCUCCACAACUCCAUGCAGUCUGCUGGGCAGGAAGGAAGCAGGUGGGGCUCCUCAAGAGACCCCCCAGAGGGCCUGGCCUGAGCAUCAGCCAGAGUGGCCCUGCUCCCUCUGGUCAGGGGCAGCCACAGACCACUCUGAGAGCACAGCCUCUCCUGUGGGCUCACAAGACAGCAGUAAGGGGCAACAUGGCCUGUGCCCCCAGCUUUUUAGCAGUAAAAAGCCCGAGCAUGGCCAAGAUGGGAGGGCCUAGCCGGAACUUGCUGUCCCUCGAGGGUAGAAGCCUCUUAAGGUCUGGCACUGAUCUUGGUCUAAUGGCUGAGGCAGUGCCCUGGUCUCAUAUGCUCUUACCACCCACCACAGGGAGGCAGGGAAGGGGGCGGGGGGCCUGGGAACCCCUCCUGCGUGGGUGCUGAGCUGGGGGCUCCUACAAGUCCUGGAUCCAGUUGUUCGUGGAGUUCCUUAAUAAAGGUGGUACACGCUCGUCACCGGAGCCUUCGUGAA